AUGGACAUUGCCAAAUCGUUAUUUAACGUUCGAGAUCAUGAGGGUUACGUCGGAAAAGAGGAUCAUGACAAGAAAUUGGAGACCGCUACCUCUGAGGAUGAGUACGAAGUGGAAGUUUCAGGAUUAUGUGGAGAAGUUUUAUCUCCCGCGCCAGGAGGACCUUUCUCUGCUCUGACACCGUCCAUGUGGCCUCAGGAUAUUUUAGCUAAAUUAAAUCAACCGGAUGAUCCCAAUUCACAGCCUGAGUACAGAUUUGAUGAAUUUGGAUUUCGAGUAGAGGAAGAAGAUGGUCCAGAGCAGAGUUCAAAAAAAUUAUUGGGGAUCCCGUUCGUUGAAGAUCCUCAACACAGAUUGCAAUGGGUCGCUCUCUUAGAGUUUAGUCAUAACAAAGAAGUGACGGAGCUUUCUUGGCAGAACAUAGAUAGAAGAUUGCCCCGUACAGACAAACUGCGGGAUAUGGUCCGGCACGGUGUACCUCAUUCUCUCAGACCUCAGAUUUGGAUGAGGAUGUCAGGAGCGUUGCAGAAGAAAUGUUCUUCGGAAAUAAUGUACAAAGACAUAGUGAAAGCAUCGAGUAACGACGCGUUAAUGACCAAUAAACAAAUUGAAAAAGAUUUAUUACGCAUCAUGCCGGCGAACGCGUGUUUUAGUCAUCUCCAUAGCACGGGAAUCCCACGUUUGAGACGUGUCAUGCGUGCCAUUGCUUGGCUGUAUCCUGAAAUUGGAUACUGCCAGGGCACAGGAACGAUAGCGGCUUCCCUCCUGUUAUUGUUAGAAGAAGAAGACGCUUUUUGGAUGAUGGCUACGAUAGUAGAAGAUUUACUACCAGCAUCUUAUUAUUCGUCCACAUUAUUAGGUAUUCAAGCUGACCAGAGAGUACUUCGUACGUUGGUGUCCAACUACCUUCCGGACAUAGACCACGUUUUGAUACAACACGAUAUAGAAUUAAGUUUGAUAUCGUUACAUUGGUUCUUGACUUUGUUCGCGUCUGUUGUACAUAUGAAAAUACUGCUACGUAUAUGGGACAUGUUCCUUUUCGAUGGAUCCAUAGUCCUGUUUCAAGUCACUCUUGGAAUGUUAAAGAUCAAAGAACAUGAAUUGAGAGAAUUAGAGAACUCAGCGCAAAUAUUUAACGCCCUUUCGGACAUACCCGGAGAUAUCGACGAUGUGGAUCAGUUGUUUAACAUAUCCUUGGAAGUGAGUGGUUCGUUAACAAACGUUUUGGUAGAAACUCAUAGACGUAGGCAUUUAGCUUAUUUAAUGGCAGACCACGGUGGAUUAGUAGGAAACCCCGAUGCUGUACCAAAUUUACCAAAGCAACACCUCAACAGACGCCAAAUGAAAAGGAGCAAAUCGAUGUUACAAACAUUUUUGUUCGGGAGUUACGAGACCGAAGACGAUGUGAAGUCAAAGAACAUUCGACAAACCGAAAUAUUGGUCGAUUUAAGAGAAGCUGUUUUGCAAGUAGCUCGACAUUUUAUGAACGUCGAUCCGAAGUUGAGUAACAUUGCGAUGGUGGCUGACUACAGUAUGGAAAGCCACGCGAAGGACCAUGAUAAUUAUGUUAACGUAUCGCGUACCAGGAAAAGAAGAGCUAAAGCAUUAUUAGAUUUCGAGAGACACGACGACGACGAACUAGGUUUCCGGAAGAACGAUAUAAUUACAAUUAUCAGUCAAAAAGAUGAACACUGCUGGGUGGGAGAACUGAACGGGCUGAGGGGCUGGUUCCCAGCAAAAUUCGUCGAAUUAUUAGAUGAGAGGAGUAAACAAUAUACCUGCGCAGGAGACGAUGCAGUCAGCGAAGCUGUUACUGAUUUAGUUCGAGGAACCUUGUGCCCGGCUAUGAAAGCAGUGUUAGAACACGGAAUGCGUAGACCAUCGUUUCUAGGUGGCCCAUGUCAUCCGUGGCUUUUCAUCGAAGAAGCUUCGAACCGAGAAGUGGAGAAAGAUUUCAAUUCGGUAUAUAGUAGAUUGGUACUUUGCAAAACGUACAGGUUGGACGAAGAUGGGAAAGUCCUUACACCGGAAGAGUUACUCUAUCGAUGCGUCCAAUCUGUAAACUUGACGCACGACAACGCUCAUGCACAAAUGGACGUAAAAUUACGAUCCCUCAUUUGCCUGGGAUUAAACGAGCAAGUGUUACACUUAUGGCUCGAGGUCUUGUGUUCGUGCGUAGAGAUCGUGCAAAAAUGGUAUCAGCCGUGGAGUUUUAUAAAUAGCCCCGGCUGGGUACAAAUUAAGUGCGAAUUGAGAAUAUUAAGUCAAUUCGCGUUUAAUUUAAAUCCUGAUUGGGAAUUACCGCCGAAGAAGGAACAGUCCCAACCAUUGAAAGACGGUGUUCGCGAUAUGUUGGUCAAACAUCACUUGUUCAGUUGGGAUCUUUAGUAUACGCUCACUGAUCAUUUUUAGAUUAAACAGUAUAAGAAAAAACAGAAGGUAAUCGCGUAGUACAAAUUUAAUUGCUUUUAUGUUUGUCAGUGUAACGUGUGCGUGUGAGUGCGUGUCAUAAAGAAAUAUUGAGAUGUAACACAUUUUCUAUGUACAAUAUUAACUAUAUACAAAUUUUAUUUAUCGUAAAGAGUCUCGUUGAGUAUCGAAGUAUUAUUUACAACCGCGUUAAUUUGUAGUAAAAAUGAAUUGUAUAUAUAUAUACGUAAGUUAGAUGAGUACUGUUAAUUCUAUCGAAAGCACGAAAUCGUUGAACCAAUCUAACGCGAUAAGCAUUGUACUUUGUAUUGUAAAAGCUCCCAGUGAUGCUUCAUUUAUUUAGAUCUCGAUUCCGAUGUAUACAGAUAUCUUUAUAAAAGUUUUUAAUCUGAA